UGCAAGUUACACAUCCAUCCAUUUGAUUCGUUGUCGGCGAAACCCACGGCCACAAUCAUGGCGGACGAAGACGACGACGAUUCCUUCGGCGAAUUCACAUUUGCACCGUCUUCUACCACCCAAACACCCACCACCGGCGAUUUCACUUCUCAUCAAAACAAAUCCCCACACCAAAAAUGGCAAAAAAUCAACGGAGCUAUACCCUUAUCUCUAUUCGGAGACCCUGAUGAUUUUAAUGAUCAUGAAAGUCAAGAAGAUCUGAAAAAUCUUUCCUUUUCUGGUAAUUCUAAUGGUUUUGUAUCUAACAGUAAUAAUGAUAUAAAUAGAAAGAAUGGGAAUUUGGAGAUAAAUGAUCUGAUUGCAAAUCUAUACGGUGACCCGAAACAAUUGAAUCAUAAUAAAAAUAAUGUUAGCAAGGUAGUUGAUAAUGGAAAUGUAUAUAAGGAUCCGGUUUCGAAUUCGGGUUCUGCUGAUCAUGGAUCUGAUGAUGAUGAUGAGGAAGGUGGAUGGGAUUUCGUAGACGCGUUUUCGGACUCGAAAAACGAUAAAGAUAAGGACAAUAAGGAACGUGUCGUGACAAGUGUGUCAAACGGGGGUAUUGAUUUAUUUGAUGGAUCAAACAAUGGAGUGUUUGUUGAAUCCAAUGGGACGGGCACUGGGUUCAACUCCAAGCCAACAACAAGCUUUCAGAAUGGUUUUAAUACUGAACUUAAAGCUGAACCUAAAGGUGCAGCGAAUGAGUUGAGCUCAGAGAAGCUUGGUGAGACUGAUGAUUUUGAUGAUACGUUUGGGGAGUUUGAGACUGCAUUUGUAGAAAAUUCGUCAACGAAGAAGGAAUUGUCUGAGGAAAAGUUUGACCCAUUGGGUUCAUAUGAUGUGUCCCACCGACCAAUUGAUCUAUUUGCAUUUUCAAAUGGAGUUCUGGGUGGAUCGCACAAGGAGAAUAAUGAGUUCAACUUCAGUCAAAGCCCAGUGGUACAAAAUGGUGUUGCCUCAGAUCCAGUCUUUCAAACUGAGUGGAAGGAAACUAAAGAUGACUCGUAUUCACAAUCUCCUGACAUGGGUGCUGACGAUGAAGAUUUUGGAGAGUUUGAGGCAACAUUUCCGGAGGCUGGAUUAAAGCCAGAGGGCUCGAUGGCAAGUUCAAAGAGUUACAAAGAAGCCGUGCCACUUUCCAUUUUCGGCAUUGAAGAGGAGCCCGAAGCAGAUAGUUCCUUGAACCUUCAGCUUGAAUUAUUUAAAUCAUCAACCCAUUUGCAGAAUCCAAGUUCAAAUCUAUCAAUCAAUGACAUUCUAUCAGAUUUGUACAGCCAAGCGCAACCAAUAAGUUCUGCGAACAACGAGGGUAACCCAGAUGGAAAUGUAAGUUUACUGCAUUCUACUGGCGAAGAAUACAGUUCUCGUGUAGUGGAUGAUGAUGAUGAUUUUAAUGAUGGUUCAUGGGAAUUCAAGGAUGCCUCCUUUCAAUCAAGUGUUGAGAAUGAGAAUUUGUCUUUUAAAAAGAAACUGAACCAUUGUAUGGAUUUAUAUUCCAACUUAAAAGAUGACUUAUUGGUUGUUGCAAGACAUCAUAUUCAUGGUCUAAAGGAAGCUCAAAGUGCCGCUACUCUUGUUGGUGAAGAGAUGAAAGUGGCCACCAUCAAUAAAGACAUUCAGGAGGCCUUGAAAGAGCUUCACCAAGAAGAUAUCAUAGCCGCAGAAAUGGAUCUUGAUAAACAUUCAGAACGAGUUACUUCUCUUGACCAAUAUAUUGAAACUCUAUGUGAGCCAGAUUUUCAAGCGAUCGAGUCAGAAUAUCACAUUUCAAGAAGAUUGUCAUUAGCAGAAUCAGAUUUGCGAACAGCCAUUGAUCUCAUCAACCACUUUACAACAGUGCUAAAGAUUCUAACACUCGCUCCAAAGGCUGAUCCAGCUGAUUAUGUCUCCCUAUGGUCCAAGAUGAUCUUCGUAUGCUCUCAAGAACUAAAACAUGGCAUCUCGAUUUGGAAGAGAUCAUUAGAAUUGAAUAUUCAUAAUGAAAUACUCGUUGAACCUCAAGGUAAAGACUUCAUAAUUGCUAUUGGAGAGAUAUAUAGAGCGGUUGUGAUAUUAGGAUCUGCGGUCAAAUUUUACAAGCCUUGGAUACUGUUAAGCGGUGCAAAUUUAGAGGGAAUGUAUUGUCUUUUAGAAGAAUGUCACUCCCUCUGGUCAACAUCUGGACUUGAGGAGACUUUCCCUGCUGAGUCAUUACUGGAUUCCAUCAGGCAUAUUCGUAACCAUGAUGAACUUGCAAUUACAAAUGAAAUUCUUUCUCAGGAGGAAUCUCAAUGUGUGCUAUCACUUUUAUUUCCAGCAGUGGUGCCAGAAAUGAAAUUGGUGAUAUGGAAUGGAGAUAAAUAUUUUGUCUCUCUUGCCAACUUAUGGGCAAAUUUGGUCAGUCCCAAUCCCCCAAAAUUGUCUAUCCAUGUUGGCUGACAUACAAAAGAAUCUUGCAGCGAUAUUCAUCAUUACCAGUUUUCGUGUAAAUCAAUGAAGCCACUCCUUCACCUGCAAUUUGUUUCUCCGCCCAUAUGGCUCUUAUGAUGACGGGAAUUUUUCAAAUUCGCCUGCAUUUUUGCACGACAUGUGACAUAAAUGGCAUGCAGUAGCCUUAUUCCAACAUGAGCAGAGGUAUGCAGAAUUUUAGGUGAUUAGCCUCAUGUUGAUGGUAAAUAGGGCAGCUGUUGUUUGAUAAUUUACAGCUUGUUGUGAACUAUUAUUUAGUUUGUGAGAAAGUACUCCAUGCUAUCAGAUUUACAAUUGUUACUAUUUGACUUGUCAUUUUAGGAGCUCGUCUGUGUGUUUAAGUCAGGUUUUUGUGAUUUGUUUUGGAAAAAAAAUUAUUAGAAAAUGAAAAGAAAUAUUUAUUUAGCUCCUAAAGUUACAUGCCAAAAGUGACAAUUGUAAUGUCUAGGAGUUUCAAGGAAUACAAGACUUAAUAGCAAAGUACUGUCAAUGUAGAAGACGUUAUAAAAUACAAACAUAUUCACAAAGUGUGAUUAUUUGUAAUGCUGGCGUAAAUGAAAGGUUUUUGAUGUGUUUUGAAUUAUGUA